CGUACCUCAAAUAAGCUCCCUAAUCUUUUUCGUGUUCACUUGUCACCUUUGUGAAACGAACGAAAGGCUCACGGAAGCGAGAGGCAAGUUUAUGCCGAGUCCACCCAGCUCUGUGAUUGUCGUCGACGACUCGAGCGAUGAGGAGCCAGCGCCCGCCAGUGGCCGCCAGAGCACCCCAUUGCUUGUGAGCUCGUCGGACGAGUCCGAAGCCCCUCGUCCCAAGAAGCUGCGUGUGGAGUCUCCCAAGGUCUCAGUCAGUGACUCCAAGGUAUUGAACUCCGCUCAUAACAGUGAAUCAGAUGAGGAGGUUCCUUCUGAGAGUAAGGAGGACGAGGGUGCUACCAGUGAACAGUCAACGUCUCAAAACGAGAAGAAGAAAACCAGCUCUGCUCUUCUAUCCAGCGCUACGGCGGACUCGGACGAUGACACAGCUGGGGAGACGACGCAGUUGAGGUUCGCUGACAGUGAUGGACGCAUGUAUGCGGACGCCAUGUCAUUCAGUGAGCUGCAGGCACAGCAGCGGGAGUUCGAGAGGCUGCAGGCGAUGGCGCAUCGCAAGUCGGCGCCUCGCAACACUGCGCGUCGACCGACUACAGGCACCAAGCGCAAGGCAAGUGAAGCAGCUUCGACGAGGAAUAGCUCGCCUAUUUCCAGGACUAAAAGUUCAGUUUUGAAGAAAACUGCGUCACCUUCGCCAUUUGAUUUCGACUUUCCUGAGUCAAGUGAUGAGUCGUCGGAGUCUUCGUCGUCUACGGACGAUAACCGUGCAGCUUUAUUGAGUCCCCGAAGUAAGCUAAUGUCUCUAAAGGAUGUGGUGGCUCAAGAGCGGGAACUUGCGCGCCUGCGUGAUGAAAACGCUAAAAUGAAGGAUCGUGCUGCGCCCCCCAAAAAGAAAAAGAAAGUGGCAUCAAAAUCAGCACCGAAGCAAACGACAAAGUCAUCAUCGGCUCAGAAAAUAUCGUUCUUUUUCUCUGCAGCCCAGAGCAAUAACAACGUUAUCGACGGAACUGGUUGGUCUGAAUCGGAGCCGAGUGAUGAUGGCAAGUUCGAAGAGAACAAAUCCAAAGGCUCAUACGAGCCCGAGCCGUUGUUGGAAGAAUCGUAUUCGGAGUCAAACAAGGGAGUUAGCGACGAAGAGUAUGUGCCCAGCAAGCCCAAAACGCCGUCUGCGCAACCUGCUUCAGCGCGUACUAAUGACCAAAAAAGCAAAAGCGGCAAGACAAACAAAAACAGGUCCAGUGAAUCGAAGAAGUCAUCCAAGUCUAAAGCCAAGAAAGGGGACAACAACUCUCGAUCUUCGUCUGCUACGUCGGGAGUGCAGUCUUCUCUGCCUGCACAGUCUGGUGUUGUUUCCGACAAGUUGGCGCGUCCAAGAAAUGCUCGGGAUACAGUGAUGCACAGCACAGUGUGGCGGAACGUGUGUUUCGAUACGGCACCGUCGAAUUUGUUGCCACUGCCUGUGGAUGUUGCGCUUCCUUUUUUCUCGGAGUUUGACCGGCCGCUGCUCAGCUAUGAUGUGGAUGGUGACUUGAGGAGCAAAUGCAAGCUAUUGCCACAAUUCGGAAAAUCGACACAUUUUAUCUCAUCCGCAUUAGUAUCCGAUGAGCCCGACCAGACCAUCACACAAGAGGACAUGGAUAUUCGCGUGACAAACAUCAUCCAGCGUGAACUACCUAGACUUCGAGCAUGUCAUCAAGGAAAAACCUCGGCAGUAAUUGCCGAAUCGCGAUCAAAAGUUAGAGCGUAUCUGGCUGCGCACGAGGCGGUUCAGAAUCAGAGGCAGGAUUCCCAGCUUGAAGGCAAGCGUCUGGGCGAUGUGGACACCCUGGAUAAGUCUCUAUUGAACCAGAUGAAGCAGGAAAAGCUCACACAGGCGUUGUCGUUGGGGUACACCAACAUUUGGGGUGAAACGAUUGAUGUCGAAGAGAAGCUCUAUCCUCACGACGUUAACCAGCUGCCUAAUAUUCGGCCACUGAGCAAAUGCACGGCCUAUAUUGGCGUGAAGGCUAAUGUCCGCGUGGAAGACGACCCGAUUUUGCGCUACAAGCCUUAUUUCGGAGAAGAUGACGACGGUGCGGAUAUCGACGAAGCUUGGUAUGAUGCGGUUGCGCCCAAGAACUCCAGUCUUUCGAGUGGAUUGGAUGGCGAGGUGAAUGAGUUUAUGUUGCGUCUUGUUGUUCGUGAGUGCGGCCCCACGGAAAAGGUGUUUAGUGCACUGAAAAAGGUGCCAGGCUUUGCCCAAGCUUACUCGGACUACGCUGAAAUCAAGAAGCUGGACGAUUCUACUCGACUCGCCGCACGCCGUAUCAAGGAGGCGAAGGAUCUGAUCUCGAGUAAACCACCAGAGUUCCCGCUAACCAAGGUUGCAACAUUGGAGCCAGCACUUGGGGAUGCUGAUGAUUCUCAGAAGACCUUGGAGGAGCGGUUAGCACCUCCAGCGACAUAUUUCGACUCCAACCUCGCAAGGAAUCACGCCAACCGUGGCUACGGAUUGGGUUUGCGUUCAACUGAUGAAUAUUCGGAGCUGCUGGUUACGUAUCGUGACAUGUUCUGCCGGAUGUGUUACGAUUAUCAUUGUCUGGAGCACGGCAUUGAACACCCUCUCCCCUCUCAUCGAGUUGAUCCCGCUAACCCGCCACUCCAUCUGUCAGCUGUAGCACUUGCAGCUACUAGGAAGAAAGAGCAGGAGGAGAUCGCAGAACAAUUAAGCUGCAGCCCAGAAAGCUGCGCCUCCACUGUGAGCCCUCCGCCGAGCGUGGAUAGUGGCAAUUGCUCAGCUGAAGACAAUUUCAAAGCUGAUGAUAAGAACGAAGAGGAUGUGCCUACCGAUGAAGAUGUUACUAUGGAGAACGGGUCGAGUGAGGCUUGUUACGAGACUGCCACGGACGAAGAAGUGGUAGUUGCUGGGGAAUCGAAUGAAACGCGUCGAUCUACUCGCACUGCGACGAGGAACAACACUCUGGCUAGCCGAAGCUUAACUAAACAAGCUGCACAGCCAUCGAAGAGGAAGCAGUCUCGUCCUCAGCGCGUGCAGAUAUAUCCGCAGGUGGCGGAUGAGUCAGAGUACCUGGACGAUUCUCACUAUGCUGAGGUGACUGCCAUUGUCAAGAAGUCGCUCAAGGAUGAUGAGAACUGCUCGAGUGAGUGCUGGAAAGCUGAAAACUCUGGAGAAACUGGUCUUUCUUCGGAUGAGGCGAAGACCACCACAAAAGCACUGAGUGAGACCGAGUUGGUCUUACUUCGCAAGCUUCAUACCAUCAUCGGUGACAACCCGUGUAUCAUUUCGUCGAUGGUCAAGUCGACAACGUGCAAGGAGGUUGGGGCGUUCUUGGAAUCUGAGCGACAGAGCAAGCCUACGCGCACCAGUUCAAUGGAUGACAUGCCUCUCUCGCCUGAAGGUCGUUCUCUUCACAAUGGUCGAAAGCGUGGAAGGGCUCGGAACUCACGUAGCAGCAAUAACCGUAUUCUGCUCAACCGAACCAGAAACAACCGCUUGAAGGACAAGGGAGCGAACCACGAGUACGAACCGUGCAACCACGAAGGAGCAUGCGAUUCGACAGACUGCUCAUGCAUGACUCGAGACCACACGUGCGACAAGGCGUGCUCGUGCUCACGUGACUGCCCCAACAGGUUCCCUGGUUGCAGGUGCAGCCUCGGCAAUUGCCGAACCAAGGCGUGUCCGUGUUUCGUUGCUGCGCGCGAGUGCAAUCCGGAUUUGUGCAUCACUUGUGGUGCUAGCGAAGUUCCUGCGCUGAUCUUCGAUGAGGAACGCAGAAACAUGUCCGCACUGGACUUAGGUAUCUGUUGUAACGUGAAUAUCUUGCGUGGUCAGCACAAGAAAAUUGGCGUGGCCUAUUCUACCACACACGGUUGGGGUGCGUUUGCCUUGGAACCGAUCAAGCGUGGCGAGUUCAUCUACGAAUACCACGGCGCGCUUCUAUCCCAGGAUGAAGCUGAACGACGUGGAAGCAUCUAUGACAAGAUGACAAUCAGCUUUUUGUUCGAUGUCGACGACGACUCGGUCGUUGACGCAAUUCGCAAGGGCAAUAAAAGCAAGUUCGCAAACCACUCGGCAGUGAACAAGAAGUGCAAGGGAAAAGUUCUGACUGUGGGUGGCGAACAUCGAAUUUCCAUUUGGGCACAGCAAGAUAUUUCCAAGGGUGAAGAACUGUUUUUCGACUACGGCUACCAUGGCGAAACAGCACCAGAUUGGAGCCAGCUUCGUAUCAAGGGGUCUGCGCUUCACGGAUCCAAGAAAAAGACAGAAGUGAAGGACAAGAAGAAAGAGAAUUAAGGUAAAGUGUCGAAUGUGUAAUUCGCUGAGAAUUGUCUAUAAGUGGGAGAUCUAGGAACGUUCCAUUGUUGACGUUUUUUUUUAAGUUUCGGAUUUGUAGGCAAAAAAGUGUUUGAAUUGCAGAGAAAGUGGACACCUUUCUACACAUUGUGUGCGUAUCCUGACGGUGACCAACGAUGCGGGCGUUUGCAAGAUUUAGCGAGUAAGGAAAAUAGUGUUUAUGGUUGCAUGGCGGUCGGAAAGGGAGCAGUGUCCUUGCGCGUAGUGCAUUUUUCUACUUUUACUGUGCAUGGCGACUUGAUCUACAAUUUGAGGUGUUCAUUGCAUAUACAUAUAUUUUUGGUAUCAUCAGUUA